GUCUGGAGCUCCGGGACGGCUCCUUGGCCUCCGGGCUUCAAGCCCGCACGCAGGGGGCACCGGACACGUCUUGGCACCGUUUCAGGGGGCAAAAGGUGCAAUGGAAGAGGCUGCAGCUCCCUCGGAGCCCCACGAAGCCGCCGGGGACGCAACAGAUGCCCCGGCGGCCGAAGAGGCGGCCGCCGGGCCCAGCUACCGCACGCACCCGGUCUUCCGGCGUAUAGAGCCUGGAGGCCCGCCCCCCAUCGGCACGUCACGUCUGCGAUUGGCCUACGCCUCUGUGGGCGGGGCCAGGCCCAGGGAAGGGCCGGGACCCAGCUGGCUGCAGAGCCAGCGGCGCCCAGGCCCCUGGACCAACCAAGUCGUCUGCAGGUAUUUUCGCCAUGGGAUGUGCAAGGAGGGGGAGAACUGUCGCUACUCCCACGACCUCCCGGACCCGGAGGAGGCCGGGGAGGACCGCGGGUCGCCGCCGCCCCAGGCCCCCGAGGAGGAGCUAGGCCCCGGCGCGUUUGCGGCUGCGCACUAUGAGCCAGAGAACCAGCCUCAGGAAGGGGCGUGGGCCCCGCCUCCUGACUCCUGGGGCGCCUUGCCUGCGAUUUGCUGGGUCACUGACAGGGUCUCCUUGGAAGCCGAGACUGACGAUUCAGCGCUCGGAGCUGUGGGGGGAGCAGGUGCGCACGGCUGGGCAGGAGGUGCGCACGGCUGGGCGGCAGAUGCGCAACGCUGGGCAGGAGGUGCGCACGGCUGGGCGGCAGAUGCGCAACGCUGGGCAGGAGGUGCCCACGGCUGGGCAGGAGAUGCGCAACGCUGGGCAGGAGGUGCGCAAGGCUGGGCAGCAGAUGCGCAACGCUGGGCAGGAGGUGCCCACGGCUGGGCGGCAGAUACGCAACGCUGGGCAGGAGGUGCGCAAGGAGGUGCGCAUGGCUGGGCAGCAGAUGCGCAAGGUGGUGCACACGGCUGGGCAGCAGAUGCGCAACGCUGGGCAGGAGGUGCACACGGCUGGGCAGGAGAUGCGCAACGCUGGGCCAGAGGUGCGCAAGGCUGGGAAACUGGCGCGCAAGGCCGGGCAGCAGGUGCGGAAGGCCGGGCAGCCGGUGCGCAAGGCUGGGAAGCCGGUGCAGAAGGCUCGGAAGCCGGUGCGCAAGGCUGGGCAGCCGGUGCAGAAGGCUGGGCAGCCGGUGCGCAAGGCUGGGAAGCCGGUGCAGAAGGCUCGGAAGCCGGUGCGCAAGGCUGGGCAGCAGGUGCGCAAGGCUGGGCGAAUGCCACUGAAUUUGUUCCCGGGCAACCGUACUGGGGCCACGAGGCGUUCCCCGCCCCCGAGCUUCCCCAGCAGAACUUGGAGAUGGAAAGGGAGCGGCGGCUCUGCCGCGACGCCGCCAUGGGGCAGUGCUUCCGCGGGGAGAGCUGCGCGUAUCUCCACGGCGAGCUAUGCGAGCUGUGUGGGCGGCAGGCGCUGCACCCGGCGGAUGCCGCCCAGAGGGCGGACCACAUCCAGGCCUGCAUGAACCGCCACCAGCAGGACAUGGAGCUGUCCUUCGCCGUGCAGCGCAGCGCCGACAAAGUGUGCGGCAUCUGCAUGGAGGUGGUCUACGAGAAGGCCAACGAGGGCGAGCGCCGCUUCGGCAUCCUCUCCAACUGCAACCACACCUACUGCCUCAGGUGCAUCCGCACGUGGAGGACGGCCCGGGAGUUCAGGAGCAGGGUGAUCAAAUCCUGCCCGCAGUGCAGGGUCUCCUCGCGCCUGGUCAUCCCCAGUGAGUUCUGGGUGGAGGAUCCGGCGGCGAAGCAGGAACUGAUCCGGCAGUACAAGGAGGCCAUGCGCGCCAAGACCUGCAGGAUUGACUCAGUUCUAGGCUAGUGUUUACAGGACUUCCACACUCAUUGUGAAGCCCCUCCAGAGUAUGUGGGACAGGGUGAAGGGAGAAGUCUUAACUGAACAGAGGAACUUUGUGCUGCUACAGCCUUAAGAAACCUGGACCCACCCGGGGGGGGCCCUGUGGCAGCUGCUCUCUCGUCUCCGCUGUUUACAUGUGUGUUUCUUCCCCGAUUCAAGUGCACUUGCUUAACUGUGGCGACCUUGUGGUUUUUUGUGAACCAGGUAUCUCUAUGUUUACAUGUUCUCAUCCUGCUUAACUUGAUGUGAAAGUAUUUCUACUUGGAAGUAUGUAUUUCAGACUUGGCGUAUCAAUUGAUGUGCGUAGAAGUGAGUAUCCAAGUGAUGUAUUGAGCCCUGGCCGGUUUGGCGCAGUGGAUAGAGCAUUGGCCCGCGGACCGAAGGGUCCCGGGUUUGAACUCCGGUCAAGGGCACGUACCUCGGUUGCCGGCCUGAUCCCGGCCUUGGUCUGGGCAAGUGCAGGAGGCAACCAGUCGAUGUCUCUCUCUUUCUCUCUUUCUUUCUCUCUCUCUCUCUCUCUCUCUCUCAUCGAUGUUUCCUUCUCUCUCUGUCGCUCUCCCUCUCCCUUCCAUUCUCUCUAAAAAUCAAUGGGAAAAUGUCCUUGGGUGAGGAUGAACAACAACCACAAAAAAGUUAUUUAUUUGAAAAUGUCUCUAUAAAGGAUAUAUCGUAUGAUGUUUAUGUAGUAAAGUAAAUAUUGAGCUGGAAGCUAAA